CAAACACAGAAAGUUUCCGGACUUUCUCCACUAGAUAUAAAUCCUACAAAAAGUAGCGUAUAUGCGUCAACAAAUACUUUACGGCGCAUCCUUCAUUCCUAAAUCCAUAUCUCAACCGUAUUUUGCUCCGGUGCUCAGCAAGGUAGCUCGGUUGUCGACACUCUCCCACUCACCCCUCCUUAAACGCCGUGCGUUCACACCCCGCGACACUUCCUUUUCACCACGGAUCCGGCAUCAACUUCCUCGCGCAACCAUGGCGACAGACUCCGUACCCACCGUGGCUGGGCUUUCAAUUCACUCCACCACGAGCGAGGUCUCCAAGUAUCCAAAUUGCUACCCCGCUGUCAACCCCGUCGACACAUACCGCGCGCAUAUAGCAGAGCUCGUAGCACAGGCGCUUGGAAUUGAUUCUUUGUUCGUUUACCCAAAAAUACAAUGGACGAACUCUCUCGAGAAAGGAGAUUUGGUUCUGGCGGUCCCCGCUCUACAAAUCAAAGGCAGGAAACCGGCCGAAGUCACAGCACAGCUCGUUGAGAACCUGCCUCCGUCCGACCUCAUCGGCACGCCCGUUGUCUCAGGCACACACGUACAGUUCUACUUCAAACCAGAACCCCUCACCAAAACCGUCAUCAGCUCUAUUCAGAAAAACCGGGCGACAUAUGGCACCAAUGCGAACGUUGGCCUCCGGGACCCCGCUGACCCAUCAAAGGGCAAGAAGAAAAUCAUUGUCGAGUUCUCAUCUCCCAAUAUCGCGAAACCGUUCCACGCGGGCCAUCUUCGAAGUACGAUUAUCGGAGGUUUCUUGGCCAACCUGCAUACUGUGAUGGGAUGGGAUGUAGUCAAGAUGAACUACCUUGGUGACUGGGGGAAACAAUAUGGUCUCCUGGCGAAUGGCUACGAAAAGUAUGGAAAUGAGGAGGAACUUGUUAAGGAUCCUAUUAACCACUUAUUCGAUGUUUAUGUUAAAAUAAACAAGGAUGUGGCCGAGCAGGAAGGUCCCAUUAAGGAGCUCAAGGAGCAGAUUAAACAAAAGAAAGAGAAGAAUGAGGAUACCGCAGAGUUGGAGAAGGACUUGCAAGCCAAGGUUGACGUCAGCUACGAUGAAAAGGCGCGUCGAUAUUUCAAGAGCAUGGAAGACGGCGACGAAAGCGCUCUCGCUCUCUGGAGACGAUUCCGUGACUUGAGUAUCGAGAAGUACAAAGAAACCUAUGCCCGCCUCAAUAUCGACUUCGACCGCUACUCCGGUGAAUCACAAAUCAAGCCAGAAAGCCUUGCCAAAGCAUAUGAGUCCAUGUCAAAGACGGGGGUCUCGGAGGACUCUGAAGGCGCUGUGAUCGUCGAUUUCGCCAAGCAUGGGGCGAAGAAACUGGGCAAAGCUAUCGUAGUCCGAAAGGAUGGCACACCUCUUUACCUAACCCGGGAUAUUGCAGCUAUCGUUGAGCGAGAUGAAGAAUACCACUUCGAUAAAAUGCUCUACGUCGUUGCUGCCCAACAGGAUCUCCAUCUUGCACAGCUCUUCAAGGUGACGGAGCUUGUGGGUCGGAAGGAUCUAGCAGACCGAUGUCAGCAUGUCAACUUUGGUAUGGUUCGGGGGAUGAGCACUCGUAAGGGUACUGUUAAAUUCCUCAAUGAUAUCCUCAAGGAUGUUGGCGAGAAGAUGCACGAGGUGAUGAAGAAGAACACUUCCAAGUACGAGCAGGUUGAGAAUCCUGAGCAGACCGCUGAUAUCUUGGGUAUCACGUCUGUCAUGGUCCAGGACAUGAGUGGGAAGCGAAUCAACGGCUACGAAUUCAACCUAGAUGAUAUGACAUCCUUCGAAGGCGACACGGGCCCCUACCUCCAAUACGCGCACGCCCGCCUCUGCUCCAUGACCCGCAAGGCCGAAAUCGACCCGUCCGAGCUGAGCUCCGCAGACCUCAGCCUCCUCACCGAGUCCCAUGCCAUCGAUCUGAUCCGGCUACUCGCGUCCUGGCCCGACGUUGUGUUUAACACGACCAAGACGCUCGAGCCCACUACCAUUCUGACUUAUCUAUUCAGAAUGACGCACGUGCUCAGCUCGGGCUAUGAUGUGCUGAAAGUUGUUGGAAGCGAGCCUGAGUUGAAGAAGGCGCGUAUGGCGAUGUAUGAUUGUGCGAGACAAGUGUUGCAUAACGGGAUGCGGUUGUUGGGGUUGAAUCCGGUUGAGCGAAUGUAAUGGGCCAAUCCAAUUUCUCUUGCCCCCUUUUUUUUUUUUCCCCUUGCAUGCUCCCCCGGUCACCAUUUCGUCGUUUUCACAGGACGGAUCUCCUUUCCGAUAAUAAAGGGUGAAGGAACCAAACCAGCAGCGAGGCGCGAACGAAAAGCCAUGCAAUUCUCCUAUCUCGCGAGGCUACGGUGCAGCAACGCUCGUCAGCAGUGUCCUGUCGAUCUAAUUCCUAUCCUUUUUGUGCGGGUACUUUUUGGCGAGAGAAGCCUUAUCCCUCGAUGGAGAUAGAACUAGAAAGAUAAAUCUAGAUACCAUCGCGCACAUUAAGAUUCACGUUCACGUUCCAACAAACGAGACUAAAGUAACAUAAAAUUACGUGUCCUAGAUCGACAUUUGCAUAUUUUCUUCAGCCGCUCGUUUAGUAGAACCCCGUUUUUUUUUUUUUCCCCAUCAACCCUAGAACCUAAACCUCAGAAGAUCAUAGUUAGACUGUCCCCGCACCGUACUCAACCCUCUCGAGGUGAAUAGCAGUUGAUUGUUGGUCGGUUCCCACGGCGAAGCUCCCUGGCUCUCUGCGUAACGUAACUAUAACAAUAUAGGCAAAAAGUCAUAGGUUGUUCAGACAUUUCCGCUGCAACCUCUUGUGUCCAUCCACAGUAGUAAUCUAGGUAGUAGUAGUAGUAGGGCUAGGACGGAAAUUUUAUUCCCCAGACAUUAAACCUGAUGAUAUCCAUGGUCAAUUGCCGCGGUGGUAGGUAUCGCCCGGGUAGAAGAGAUAAAGGUUGUUGUUGAGCAGGCUCCCGAGGUUCCGAUCAAGCUCUCGAAAGUGUGUCCGCUUCUCCCUCCCCUGGGAAGCUGCAUCCAGAGCAUGCAUGGUUGGUGGCUGGCAAUGAUAGCCGGGCGGGGUACGUACGGGGAAUGGCGAUUUUGAGGACGAGCUUCGCAAGCCUACUGACAUGGGAAAGUCUCUCUCUCUCCCUUUUUUCGCAGCUAUGGUCCGGGCGAUGUUGUUGCGUGUCUCCUGCUUGAGGGUUGGUUAGAUAGAGGUUGUAAUAUAUAUAUAUAUAUAUAUAUAUGU